AUUCGUUCAUAUCCGAAUUGACAUAAAACUAAUGUCACUCAGUGUUUUGUGUUCUGUGAUUGCGACACGAGUGUCAAGUUGACAAGAAUGGUUAAAGAUUUUAAAAAAUGUUUACCCUCAUGAUGUUUACAUUUCAGCAAUUGUCCCAUGUAUAUCAUGAAAAUUAAAACAGACUUACAGAUGGUGAAGAAGUGACUAUUUUACUUACCGAGUAGAGCGCACCUAUGGAGCCAAAAAACUGAUACAGAUUGCCCACAUUACAUAAGGAUGGAAUCUGAAAGAAUUCUAGUUGCAGCAGGAAUAACCGCUGCUGCUGUUGUAGGGGCGUUCGUAUUCUGGGGCCCCUCAACAGGAGCAGCUGGAGGUAGGGGUAGACUAGCUGGCCUAGUUAAUCUUGGAAAGACGUGCUUCCUGAAUGCUGUGUUGCAUGCCUUGGCAGCAUGUCCACAGUUCGUGCAAUGGUUGGAGAAGGAUAAAUAUGCUAAAGAGACCAGCCUCAAAAGUACUUUAGCAACUGUACUUUCAGUUGUAAAUGGUACAAAUAAGUCAGUACGAGAUACAUAUGCUCCAGCAGCUGUAAUAAAUGCAUUAAAGAGACUAGGAUGGGUAAUACCAGCUGGUGAGCAAGAUGCUCACGAAUUACUUAAUGUUAUCUUAACCACAUUGGAUGAAGAGACACAAAAGAUUGGCCGCAAAGCAGGCUGCUUGUCGGACGCUUUGGGAAUGAAUGAACUUGAUGACAUUGACAUUGAUGAAGACAAAGAUAUUGUUACCAGAGGAGGGGGUGACUCUCUAGGAAGUGUCAUGUCUUUGAACGAGCUUUGUAGACCCAUGAGUGCUAGUUGGAGGGGUGGAGCUUUGAGAAGAAAUAGGUGGAUAUCAAGAUCAUGUAGAGCUCUACAGAUGAGUGGGCCUCCACCACAACCAGUAUCUCAUCCUUUUACUGGCACACUGACUAGUCAGUUAAGGUGUACAGAAUGUGGUCAUAAGUCUGCAGUUCGAUAUGAUAAAUUCGAAAGCCUAUCACUAGCGUUACCCAGUGGUGCAGGAGAUCUUGGCUGGGGCAGACAUAAGCUGCAUCAGCUGCUAACAAACUUUGUAACUCCUGAAGUAGUGCAGGAUGUUCAAUGUGAAGGCUGUAAUAAAACCAGGGAUCCUGAAGGUCCCCCGAUCUUGUCGAGGCAAAUCAAGAUACUCAAUUUUGGCAAGUUGCCUGUCUGUCUGUGUAUACACAUAUCAAGAAAUACAUGGCAGCCUGGUGGAAUGUCAAAAAGACAAGACUAUGUGCAGUUUCCAAUGAGGUUAUCCAUGUCAGCAUAUACAUUUUUACAAGCUCAUUACCAAAGAAAAUUGCCUAAUAUGCAAUAUACUAGUACCAGUGAAGGUGGAAGUCCCUUAUCAAGUAGCACGCCGCUAUGUUGGACUGGCAGCUCACUUAGUGACAUGGCUAACGAGUUCAGAAACGUGUACCAGUUAGCAGCAGUUGUGGUGCACACAGGAGAUGCACAUUCUGGACAUUUUGUCACUUAUCGAAGAGGAUGCCAUAAUAGCAGGUGGUACUAUACCUCAGAUGUAGAGAUAAGAGAAGUAUCAAUAGAUGAAGUUCUACAGAGCACGGCAUAUAUGCUUUUCUAUGAAAAGACCGCCGCAAUGGGUUGUGCUUUCCAGUGAUUUUCUAAGAGCGAAUUGAUAUUAAUGUUAAGAAAUUAUUGAUUGUUGUGAUGUCUAUGCAUUUGAUAUGUAUUUAUUUUCGGAGAAGUACAAUCACCUAAUAAUUGUUUUUCCAAAAGGUAUUGCGCUUAAUUAAAGUUUCACGGUAAAUGCCCAAUUCAUUGCUGUUGGUAUCACAAUGUCGGUAUAAAUUCAGAAGUGAAUUCCUCUAACCAUCACAGUAGAAAUGUAGUUAAAUUUUCCACUGCUUAGGAAUCUUACUCAUACAGAAACAUAAGGAAAGCCUACAUAAAAACACUCCAAGGAUGCUAAUAGUAACAGAACCAGUACGCAUUGUAGGGUAGCUAACCUUAAAACGUUAAAAUUUCAUACAUUUUUGGGCAUUAUUCACUAACUCACAAUAGCGCACAAAAUUGUUAGAAGUGAUUCGUGGAAUAUCCACUAAUCAACCAGGUGUUACGGUUUUCAAAGGAUUUAUAUAAUGUUGUCUCUAAGAGGUUUCAGAUUAUCUCGUCACUAUCAAUUUUCAAAUAUUCUUUGAAAUACUGGCGAAAACUACGUUCCUUUCUUUACAUCUAUCAGCGUAAUGCUGACCUUGUUUAUGGUGACAUAGAAUGUUACCAUUUCAUUCCUUUAUGAAGUGUGUGAUAUUAUUUUUAUAGUAGGUAUACCUUCUGGUGUAAAUGCAAAAUAAAUAUGUACGAAUUAAUGUUUAGAAUAUCAUGCAUAAAAUAAAACUUAUUCAAUAAUCAA